UUCACAUCAUGCAUGGUGUCCAAUAAUGGCAAUAUGAAGCAGGAUAACAUGCAGAUGAAGGGCGGAUCUAAAUUCUGAUUUCCCGCAAGUGCUUCCUCAGAGGAUUUCAGAAAUGGGAGGGGGAGAUGUGCCGGUGGGGACCCAGGAGGCGUCCCCGCAACAGGGCAGGCCAUCGUCCCCAGUACCAAGCAAGAUGUCGGAGGACCGUCAUGGAACACAUGAGGAGCAACUACAGGCCCUGCAGGAUCGCCUGGAUGAGGAGGUCGCUCGGCGCACUGCGGCGGAGGCGGAAGUCAUCCGCUUGCAUCGUUCUCUGGCAACGGAGAUGGAGUUACGGCAAGCCCUAGAGGAGCAGCUUAGAGCCAGGCCCCGUUCCCCUUCAGAAGCAUCCCCACCAGGGUUACCAAGGCGUCGAACAGCUACUCGACAAGGCCUUUUCUCAAACCCUAGCCCUUUGUUUGGGUCCCCUCCAGAAAGACGCUUGGGGGAAAGGGUAGAAAAUGGGGCUUCUCCGCCCUCUUUCCCUCUGAAUGGUCAAGGGGGCUUGGGGCUAAAUCAGGGGGCUGGAUUGGAAGGGGAAACCACAUCAAGGGGCCCACCCUUGAUGCAACCAGAAGUUGUUGUUCCAACCCCCCCACAGGAAGUUCCAGCGCGCAGGCAAGGGACAGGAAUCUCAAGGAGCCUCAACGGUGCUUUUGAAAGGGUGGGGGAAACGGGGGGAGCGUCGGGGGUGUUAAGCCCAGGGCUGUUAGAAAAGCUGAGUCAAGAGUCGGAGGAGCGAGAGGAGGCACUGGUGCGAGGCUCAGGAAACCGUACUGCAAAUGCAAGCAAUGUGAAGUUGGAGGAGUUCGGUGGGGCAAGUAACUUUUUCCAGAGCGGAGUAAACGGAGGGCUAAGGAAUGGGUUAGGGGGAGACUCCAGGUUUGGGUUAGAUGGGGGUUUAAGGGCUGGGUUAGGUGGAAACGUAAGAUGGGGGUUAGAUGAAGGUUUAAGAAGUGGGCUAGACGGAGGGUUGCGGAACGGAUUGGAUGGAGGGUUGAGAAACGGCCUAGCUGGGGCGCCAAGAAAUGGGUUCGAAACAGGGUUAAGAAACGAGUUAGACGAUGAGGACUCAAUUGCAACGCAGGUGCACGAGGACGAAGGGGCACCAGAAGUGUUUGGGGGGGGUGGCGGGGCUGCGGCCGCUGCCCCCCUGCCAGGAAGCGAUCAAACGGGUUUCGGCUCAGUCUUUUCAGUAGAAGGGCAGGCAGGCCCGGAAUCGGGGGGCAGAAGAGUGCAGCCACAAGGGGGGGGGUGGGGGCAAGUGGGUGGGCAGGCGGCCCCGCCACCGGUUCAGGGGGGUACUGGCAGGGGUAAUUUUGGAGGGGGUCAGGCGGGGGGCCGGCCAGCGACAUGCUACAAGUGCGGGGCCAGUAGGAUUUUGGAGCUGACUGCCAAGAAGGGCACCAAUCCAGGGAAGCAAUUUUACAAGUGUGAGGCGUGCGGCAAAUUCCUCCACUGGAAGGAGCCCCUCGCUGCUCCUGGCACCCCUCCCCGUGCAACUGGCCACAUUUCACCAAGACCUAAUGCGGGGUACGCUGGCCCCUCUGCGAGUAGGGGGCAAAAAAGGCCCUGGGACCAGGGGGGAAGCAGGGGGGCUUGCCAGUGCGGGGGUGAAGGCGAGGAGCGGAUCUGUAGGAACGACAAGCACCCUGGAAGAAAGUACCUGGUGUGUAAGAAGUGCAACAAUUGGCUAAGAUGGACGGACUGAGUCGGAUGGACUAAGUCAGUCAUCUGGAGAAGGGCUGUAUACCCCCCUUCAAUUGAGUUUGAUGACGACCUGCAACAAAGUCUUGCUUUGUUUGGCACAAUUUGUAGUAGACUUCUUGAGCUAUACAGUAGGUGUUUGCUCCUUGUACCGUCUCCUUCAUGGACUGCUUCGUGGAGGCGCUGACCUUACAUAAAGCAUGUGCAGCAAAGUAAAAGGUGCUGCGAACAAAUCUGAUUGCUGCAGAUUUGCAAGCUGAACCUUUGCGACAGGGACUGGCAUAUUCUAAGAACAACGUUUGAAACAUUGUUUUAAUGGUAACUUUAAGCUCAAGAGUUGCGAUUGCGAUCGCUGACAUCUUUCUCAGUCCUUCAUGUCCAGAU